AUGUCGUCCCUCAUCGAUCAGCCCGACACAAUCGAUACACUAAUCCAAGAUUUCCUCGCUCCAUCGACUAAGCUCUCGACACCUGAGUUGGCUCGCGCACAAGUCCACUGGCAGCGCAAACCCAAGCUCGAACACAUGCUGUGGGCAGAACCAAGCACAUCCCUACACUCGCUCGAGUUCGUCCGAGCCGGACUCGAAGGAAGAAUCGUAUCGUAUCGUGAAGUCUCGCAUACAUCGACGCCCCUCCUGGACUCAAAGUCCUCUGCUUCUAUGGCGAGGAAACCCGCGACUUCGAGCAACUUCAUACGAGGCAAGUCUGCUUACGUCCCCUUUGCACCAGGUGGAUUGGAGAACGAGGUGAUGAAGGACACAGAUGGUGCAGAGCAAGACGCAGAAGAUCUGUCGGAUACGCUUCGAUCGCAAGUUGCGGAAAUGGAGGAGACUCUCAGUUCUGGAAGAGGGUUACGUUCCAAGGCACCUGGUCUCAGUCGAUCUUUCAGUGAUCCCAAUGAAGAGACUUUCGAGGACGGAGAGGAUGCGGAAGCUAGUCAGGAUGCUUCGCAGGCUGUUGAUGUCGGGCUUGGAAUGGCACCCAUCCCCGUAUACCGACCCAUCGAGCAGGAUCGCCAAGCCUCGUCAUCCAUGCGCGGCUCUCGCUCUCAGGUCAACGGAGACGCGGCGAGGCGUACCGACACGAGCGCUCACGAUGCCGAGCUGGACGAGCUGCUCCCGGUCGAGCGUCCACAGCCACUGACCCACGCCAGGCGAACCGCCAAGAUCGACGCCAAACGCGAUUGGGCCCACGUCAUCGACGUCAACCAGAAACUCUCCAACUUCCACGAGCUCGUCCCACAGAUGGCUCACUCCUUCCCCUUCGAGCUCGACACGUUCCAAAAGGAAGCCGUCUACCACCUCGAGCAAGGCGACUCGGUGUUUGUCGCAGCCCACACCAGUGCCGGUAAGACCGUCGUGGCCGAAUACGCAAUUGCUCUGGCGCAGAAGCACAUGACGCGCUGCAUCUACACUUCACCCAUCAAGGCGCUCUCGAAUCAAAAGUAUCGCGACUUCAAGCAGACGUUCGGCGCUGCCAACGUCGGUAUCCUGACCGGCGACGUGCAGAUCAAUCCAGAAGCGCCUUGCCUCAUUAUGACCACCGAGAUCUUGCGCAGCAUGCUGUACAGAGGUGCUGACCUCAUCCGCGACGUCGAGUUCGUCAUCUUCGACGAGGUUCACUACGUCAACGAUCAGGAGCGUGGCGUGGUUUGGGAGGAGGUAAUCAUCCUGUGUCCGCAGCACAUCAACCUUAUCUUGCUUUCGGCGACGGUGCCGAAUACGAAGGAGUUCGCGGAUUGGGUGGGUCGUACCAAGAAGAAGGACAUCUACGUCAUCAGCACACCGAAGCGUCCUGUGCCCUUGGAGCACUUCUUGUAUGCGGGCAAGGAGAUGUUCAAGAUCGUUGAUGCACGUACACAGUUCCUCGGUACAGGACUGAAGGAGGCUGGCGAAGCGCUCAAGAGGAAGCAGGAGAAGGAGCGCGAGGCCAAUGCUGCGGCGAACGGCGGUGGCGGAGGUGCUCGAGGUGGUCGUGGCGGAGGCGCUGCCGGGUCGAACUCUCGAGGUCGAGGAGGUAUGACGCCUGCCCGAGGUGCGGCGCCUCGAGGCCGUGGAGGGGCGGGAGCAGGUCGCGGCGGAGGCUUCACAGGAACCACCACGGUCCGCACAGGUCUCGACAAGAACCUCUGGAUUCACCUCGUUGGUCAUCUCCGCAAGAAGGACCUCCUCCCCUGCGUUGUCUUCGUCUUUUCCAAGAAACGCUGCGAGGAAUACGCCACCAGUAUGCCCAACACCGACCUGAACACGGCAAAAGACGGAUCCGAGGUCCACAUCCUCAUCGAAAAGUCACUCACCCGACUCAAGGGGACUGACAAGGAGCUUCCGCAAAUCAAGCGCAUGCGCGACCUCCUCGGUCGAGGUAUCGGUGUUCAUCACGGUGGACUGCUCCCCAUUGUCAAGGAGAUCGUUGAACUGCUCUUCCAACGUGGUCUGGUGAAAGUGCUGUUUGCGACCGAGACGUUUGCUAUGGGUGUCAACAUGCCCGCUCGAUCUGUCGUAUUUUCAUCGAUUCGCAAACACGACGGACAUGGAUUCCGCGAGCUGCUCCCUGGAGAAUAUACCCAGAUGUCCGGUCGAGCAGGUCGUCGUGGUCUCGACCCUACAGGUGUGGUCAUCAUCAACGCUGCCGAUCAACUUCCCGAAACCGCCGUCCUGCACAAGAUGCUCCUCGGUCAACCCACAAAACUGUCAUCGCAGUUCCGUCUCACGUACAACAUGAUCCUCAACCUGCUACGCGUGGAAGCGUUGAAGGUGGAGGAGAUGAUCAAACGCUCGUUCUCCGAGAACGCCGCGCAAAAGAUGUUGCCGGAUCAACAAAGGAAGGCACAGGAGUUGGAAAAGAAGCUGGCCAAGGCGCAGCAUCCCCAGCCAGCGGAGCUGGACGAGCAGCUAUCGACGUAUUACGAUCUGUGUGCUGCUGUGGUGGCGAGCAACCAGUCGCUGUUCGAGCUGGCGCUGGGUCAUCCACAGGGAGCGAAGAAUUUCGGCGCCGGGAGGGCGGUCAUUUUGCGAGACGAGCACUUUGACUUCGAUACGGCGGCCAUCGUUAGGCAGGUCUCGGCGAAAGAGUUCUUGGUGCUCGCUGCUGUGACAAAAGAGCGGAAGAGGGGUGAUUUGGAUGUCGGGGACAGUGUGGCUCCUUUGUGGCCGCCGCAGAUGAAAGAGGUGGUAGGAGAGCUGGUGUACGAUCUGAGGGAGGUACCGUUGAGCAGUAUUUCGCUGGUGACGGAUCAGACGAUCAAGCUGGACGUGCCGCUGAUCACAGCGCACCGUAUCAGCGCCAUGAAUCGCGCGCUCGAAGCGUUACUCGUCAUCCGCGACUCUUUCAUCUCCAUGGACAACGGAGCUAUCCCUGAUGCAGAAUGGACCAAGCUUCGCCGUCUCGAUUUCCAAGAAGCCCUUCGAAGUCGCAACUCGUACGCCACCAAAACCCUCCAACACCUCUCGCUCCUCGCCUCACCCACCUUCAUCAACGACUACUCGCUCGUCUCCACCUACAAGACCAUCACCUCGCAACUGGAGCAGACGCUGAAACUCCAAUCCGACGAAAACCUCGAGCUGCUGCCGGACUACCAUCAACGCGUCUCUGUCCUCAAAACCCUGCGCUACGUCGAUCCGAUUACCGAAUCCGUGCUGCUCAAAGGUCGCGUAGCGUGCGAAGUCAACUCAGCCAACGAACUCGUGCUUACCGAACUCAUCCUCGAAAACAUCCUCGUCGAAUACGAGCCGGAAGAACUCGUCGCGCUCCUGUCGAUCUUCAUCACGCAGGAAAAAACCGACGACAUACCCGAACUCUCUGGGAAACUUCUCGAGGGUUACCAGAAGAUCGUCGAGAUAGCAGAGCGAGUCUCCACCGUUCAACUCUCCAACUCGCUCGCGAGCGAAGACUUCACUGCUCCGAACAAGAUCGCCCUCGUCCCCGUCGUGUACGAGUGGGCCAAAGGUACAGACUUCGCCACCAUCGCUGCUAUGACUGACAUCCAAGAGGGGUCUAUCGUCAGAGUCAUCACCAGACUGGACGAGACCUGCAGAGAGAUCAGAGACGCCGCUAGAGUCAUCGGUGAUAGAGACCUCGGUGAAAAGAUCCAGACUUGUCAGGCGCUCAUCAGGAGAGAUAUCGUUUUCGCUGCCAGCUUGUACUUUUAG